CAUGAACACCGAACGAAGCGCACGCUGUGUACACACACAUAAAGUCUUGCCUCCUCCUAGCACACACACACCUAUGCCAGUAUAUAAGGGCAUUUAUAGCUCGUUUGGCUGUCACUUGAACUUUAUACGCAGCAGAGCGCUGACAGCAAUUGCAGCGCAGCCGUUGUGCUCAUUUGGCGCCGACCGACAAACCGUGUGUUGCGUGAAAAUCACUGAACCGUGAAAGUAAUACCGUUGCUGCAGUGACAAUUCCCUGGCUCUGGCGGACAAACAAUUGCAACAGCACAGCGACACAGACGCAGUAAAUCACCGGCAUUAGCAAGGCAAUAGGCAGCUGAAAUCAGACAGUGGAAAGCUGGAUCUCGGCAGAAGAGGCUGUGUGUGUAUGUGCGUACUUAGUUUAUGCAAAUACGAUUCAGCAGCGUAGAAGUGCGAAAUGAAGUCAACAUCCAGUGCAAUUUGGUGGAUAAAGAGUCCAAAGAAAACAUCGAAAUGGGCGAUAAAAAAGCGAAAGCAAUCAGUUGGUGCCACAUUCAGCAACGACAUGACGGAUCUAUUUCGCAACAUAUCGAUGCAUGCUUAUGGCAAAUUGGUCGACAGCACAUUGAAUGUGUGGGAGAAGUUCAAAAGAUUAAUAUGGUUGGCUGUGCAUAUAACAACAAUGUUUGUGCUGUUUACGAUUUUGACACUGAUUUGGGAGCAAUUUGUCGCUCAGUACAUUGUCAUCAACCUAUACAAUCCAUUGUAUCCCAUUGAAUCUGUGGCAUUUCCAUCCAUUUCCAUCUGCUCGAACAAUAGAAUCUCAAGGCAGGCGGCAUUGGCGCAUGCAACGGAGCUCAGCGCCAAGGAUCCGAAAGGCCGAGACGUUGACCAUUUCAUGGAGCGUUUAAAGUUCUUUAUUAAUUUGUAUCAGCGAAAUGAUCUCGAGGUUGAUCCUGAAGUGUAUUCUACUUUUCAAGCAUUUUUGGACACACACGAUACAUAUGAAAAUGAGACAUUCUAUAAUACACGGAGGGUUGCAGAAAUGCUCUCGCCCUCUUGUGAUACACUCAUACGUAGUUGUAAGUUGUCAGGUGUCGAAAUUGAUUGUUUCAGCCGUAAGGCAUUUCAGAAGAGUUUGACGACUUAUGGGUCCUGUUGUACCUUCAAUACGGGAAAUUUUUACAACAAACGUAAAAUCCGUGACCGCUUCGUCAAUACUGAACUGGGACUGACGGUUGUUUUGAAUACGAGUCAUAAUGAUGACUUUAUGUCCAUCUUAAAAAUAGACGGUUACAUUGUCAUCGUCCAUGAUUCGGAUAUCUUCCCCGACACGACAUCGGGCGAGGCACACGAACUAUUUCUAACAUACGGCGAAGAGUCCUUUAUGGCAUUGCGUGCUCUUUUGGUAUACACAGAACCCAGUUUGAGUUCAUUUAGGCCGCAUACACGUAAAUGUUAUUUCGAAGAUGAGUUUUUACAGUAUGCAGCAGGUUCUAAUUGGAACUAUAGUUUUUCGAAUUGCGUAACACGUUGCCGUCUACGUAGUAUUAUGGCGCUAUGUCGUUGCAUACCAUUUUAUAUGGAUACCAGAUUGUUACCAGACACGGAUGGAGUUAUUUACUGUACUCUGCAGCAUGUGUAUUGCCUGCUCAGCUAUAAGUUUAAAUGGAACAAUGUGCUUACACAACGCGAGCUCUUGCCUGGUUUACAACGUGCUUACGAAGAAGCUCUUUACUGUCCGGAAUGCUUGCCAGCCUGCAAUGAUGUGCAAUAUGGCGUGUCGUACAUGGCAUUGCCUAUACAUCGGUUCUUAGCUAGCAAUAAGAUUGGCCUGGACUUUGAAGAUAUGUCUGUCCUGCGUGUUCAUUUUGACGAACCACAUGCAAUGUAUUAUAAGCGUGUGUUGGGUAAUACCUGGUAUGAAGCUAUGUGCACAGUUGGUAAUGUAACCUCAAUAUUUCUGGGUUUCUCUAUCGUUGCAGCUUUUGAGAUUGGAUUCUUCGUAUCAAAAUAUCUAAUACUUGCCAUUAAAGCAGCCAUAAGGCAAGAUGAACAAGAGCAUAAAAAUGGAAAAAAGAAAGACGAUAUGCAACUCUAUAUAUGCCCUUAAACUAAAUUUAUAUAUUUAUGUAUGUUGUUGA